UGUAGGUAGCUGUAAUCAGGAAGCGUAGGCUACAUCAUCUAUUGCUCCAAAUACAGAGCCACAUUUACAUUAAGAUAAUAUAAACUUGUUUCCAGUUGGUUUGUAUUUCGAAGUUUAUUGCAAUGCGCCGAAGGACUGACGGCCACGAAGCCAGCGGAGAGGCAGCAAAAUCAGUAAAGACUCCAAAUCCGGCGACAGCAGGGCAGCCCAGCUCUACUAGGUCCGAAGAUGCAGGUACAACUAGUACUGGUACCUGCUGGUCCACAUUGUUGACGGUGGGGAAAUGUGUGCUCGUCGUCAUCUUCAUCCCUCCGUUCCUGAACUAUGCUUCUCUGCAGAGAGAGGGCCAACUGCUGAUGCCCAAAGAAGGUCAGUUGGUAGAUGUCGGCUUGGGACAGACCAUGCACAUGAUGUGCAAAGGACAAGGACAACCCGUGGUCUUGCUGGAUGCCCCAACUGGUACUUCCUCCGAUGUGUGGCACUACAUACAGGAAAGCCUAGCACCACUCACCAAGGUGUGCACCUAUGACCGUGUGGGGCUGGGCUUCAGCAGGAGGAGCCUCCAGAACGAAACCAUGGGAACGGAGAAAGUGUGGGGCGGGUCCACCUCAGGACGGAUGGUGGAUGACCUCCAGCGCCUCAUCAAGGCCACAGAGACGGCCACGCCCCUCAUCAUGGUGGGCUCCGAACUGGGCGCGCUCAACGCCAGGUUCUACAGUCACAUCCACGACGCGCAAGUGUCUGACCUGGUCCUCAUCGAUCCUAUCCCAGAAGACAUCUUUGAGGAGGACCAGUGGAAUCAGCACUGGUACAGCCACACAGUGCCGUCCCUCCAGGCCAUGCAGCUGUCUGCGGCCACAGGACUCAGUCGCCUGCUCAUCAUCCUGGGGCUGCUGCAGCCUCUCAUCACCGGAGACCACAUCCCAGAAGACCUGCUCCAGAGACAGAAAUACCUGCUCAGUAACCCCGCCCAUCAGAGCAGUGCUGUGGACGAGCACUACUUCCUGAAUGAAAGUGCCUCUCAAGUCAGGGACCUUUCCAAGUUCAAGCCCCUCUGCAGUAGAACAUCUGUCAGUGUGAUCACUGGAGACUUGUUUGAUGAGCAGAUUCCAGCUUACCUAAACCAGAUGGUGGCCAAGCUUCAGAAGGACUUCCUGGAUCGGUACUACCCCACAGCCAAUCACAUCCAUGCCCAAGGAGGGGACCGACGAAUGCUCUACAAGAAUCCAUCCGUCAUAAGUAAAUACCUCUGGCAACUUGUUGCUCAGCGACAGGCCACACGAAAAAGCCAGUGAUUGGCUACUGAAGGUGUCUGUUCAGUUUUCCCUGCAGUCAGAGAAGCCAUGGGUCAAACCUACGUACUAUUUUCAGGCUCCUGGUAGUAUGUUUUAUUGUGCCUUUAAGAUAUAUAAUAAAAAAAAUAUGUAAAACAUUUUUUAAACGAGAAACAGCACCCCCGAUUCUUGUCUGAACUUUUACGCUUUCCUCCAGCUUGAGUUUGAUUGACAGUGGUUUCACAAAAUAAACCAAGGAGGAAAGCCCAGGUCGCCGAAGGCGAUUGGCUGGAACAGGAUUGCUGGAACAUAACUGUCUGGGAAGUAGUGAGCCAAUCCCCCAAUUUUUAAUUGACAUUCCACUGUGUGGUCUGUGAUGCUAAACAAGUCUCAGAGAGCCUCAUUAGCUUACACAACAUAGACAAACAUUUUUUUUUUUUUUUAUUUAAAUCAUCUUUACCAACUAUCAGAGGAACGUGUCAUGUGACAUGGAGUUCUGUAUAAGUCUAGUCUUAUUUUGAGGUUCUGUUCAGGGUAGGUGUCCUACUGGAGAAUACUUGAUUUUAUGUUUCAUUACAAGUGCAGAUAUUUAACAGUUGUGCCUCACAGCCAAAGUAAAUAGCCAUUUUUUGUUUUUCUACCUCUAUGCUGUCUUGUGGUUUGAUCUCUGCAGAUCCACAACUGUAUACUGUAUCAGUUUUCCGUUUACAUAAAUAUGGCUGUUGGAGAGAAAGAAAGACCAGACUUCGUGAAGUUAUCCUGAGGAUUUAAGUUUAAUUAUGACACCACAUCAAAAUAAAAAUUUCCAACAGA